AAAAUAAACGACAUAGAUUCCUCUUAAAAAAAAAAACUUUGGUCUUUCGAUUCUAACAACAAACGACACAACAAUAAAAAAGAAACAUCAUCGUAUUAAAAAUAUUUUAGUACAUUACAUUUUGGAGAUUUUAAGAAUGGUGAAAACAAAUUCGGAGAAACCUACGGCGGAACGAAGUGAUGCUUCAUUAUUCCGAGGAGUGAGGAAGAGAAAAUGGGGAAAAUAUGUAUCGGAAAUUCGGCUGCCAAACAGCCGCCAAAGAAUUUGGUUAGGUUCUUAUGAUUCCGCCGAGAAGGCGGCGCGUGCUUUCGACGCGGCGACGUAUUGCUUACGUGGCAGUGGUGCUAAGUUUAAUUUCCCCGGUGAUCCGCCGAGUAUUGCCGGAGGAAGGUCAAUGACACCUUCUCAGAUUCAAGAAGCUGCAGCCCGUUUUGCUAAUUCGGAUAUCCAUAAUGAGAAAUCGGGUCGACCCGAUAAUGUGAAAGUGGAAUCUGAGUCGUCGGAGGAGGGGACUUUAAUGUUGCCUAUGGAAUCACCGUCUCCGGCACUGUCAGAUGCGACGGUUCAGACUGAUUUUGACUCUAAGCAAAAUGGGUUGUUUUCAGAUUUGGUUGGUGUAAAUGGGUCGGGUUAUAGUGGACCCGAUUACAAUGUUUUUCCGGGUUUUGAUGAUUUUGGUGGAGAUUUCUAUGUGCCACCAAGUUAUGAUUAUGGAGAAGAGAACAUGGAUGGGUUGAUAAUUCAUGAUUCCUUUUUGUGGAAUUUCUAAGGGUUGAUUAAUGGGUUUAGAAGUGGCUCGGGUUGUGGAUGAUUUUAUUAUAUCCAAAAGCUAAUUCCGGAUCAAGAAAUUCGGGUUUGGGUUGGUCAAUUUUUUUAUAGGACCAUGCCUUUUGCUAAUUUAGUGGCCAAAGUAAAAAAAAAAAUUACCGAGUGACUGACAAGGUUUAAUUUAGUGGAUAUGAUUUAUGAUUAUAUUAGGACCAAAUUAUAUGAAUCACUUGUAACUAAAAAACUUAUGUAAUUGUUUUGCCUUUCAUUGAAUCAUAAUCAUUUUUCUUAUUUUGUUUGGUAA